AGGGCCGGUGUGAGACAUUUUGUGGCCGUCUACAAAUAUAAAAGAGAGAGAGAGAAAGAGAGGAGAGACAUAUAGAAGAAGAAAAAAAAAAAGAGAAUGAGUUAUUCAACAUCAAGAAUUGGGUUGUGUUUGUUCCUCUUCUUCUCAUUUGCUCUCCUCUCUUCUGCUCGCAUCAGUCUUUCGUUUUCAUCAGAAAAUGAAAUGAGGUCGACGGUGGUGCCAGAACGGUCACUGAUGAUGAGUACCAACGACUACGGUGAGCCUUCAGCUAACGUUAAACACGAUCCACCGCGUGGCGGCAAAGGCCGCAGACGUUGAGAAUCUUAUAUUUUCUCGUAACUUCCCAAAUCCUCUUGCAAGCUUGCAAAUAUUCUAUAUAUAUAGACCAAUAAAAGUUUUUUAUUUUCAUUUUAUAUUUUUAACGAGCUAUAUAUCAAAGAGACUGUAUAUGUAAUAUAUAUAUAUAACACCUCGUUUUCAUUUGUGUGCUAUAUCGACGUCAACUUGUUAUUCUUACCUAGAUUAAUAUGUGCUACGUGUAAAUUGUAUGUAUAAAAUUCCUUUUUUUU